AUGGCUAAGGAAGCCGCCAACGAUGACGGUUGGACUCAUGUCGCUCGCGGUAAAGGUCGCCGAGCAGCGCCACCUGCGCCGGGUCUGAACCCACCUUUGCCAGAUUGCUCCGUUAGCCAGAUUCAAGACGUAUUCCAUGCCGCCACGCGCAAAUGGAUGGUAAGCACCUGCCGCACAGAAGUCUUGGAGAUCCUGGACAGGAAGAAGCCCGAUGAUGGCUGGCAAAUCUCGAAAGUAGUAUGCCUGGCUUCUGGCAGCUUCAGCAGGUCGAAUUGGCAGAGUCGACAGCGGAGUAUGCUACAAUUCGCGGCGCUGGUUGAUAUUAUCGAGCACCUUGAAACAGACUCUGAACUGGAAAGUCGAGACAAGAUUGCACGCUUCGCUCAAGACCCACAAUACACGGCGGUCGACACGGAGUUCCUGGGCUGCUAUGGUUUCACCGUCUUGCAAAGCGCACUUUCUGCCGUCGGGAAGGCCGAGCUGGGUCUUGCAGCGCAACAUGUAUCGCCAGCCUCGUUCGUCUUUGAACCGUUCAUGGAUGUUAGCACAGAGGCUGUGGCCGAGCUUUGCGCUGGUGAUCCGGCUCUCUACAUCGGUUCGUCGAUCCAUCGGAACCUUACAGCAAAGUCAAAGGCAGCCGCUGACUUUAUGCGCGCGCGAGGUUCCUACAGGAUGCCAGCAUUUACCGAGGAUCCGAAUGUUUUCGAAGGCUUGGCCAUCUGGUGGAAGGAGCCUGUAGCGGAUGACGACAGAGCAGACUGA